AUGCGAACAAUUACCGUGCUGCUAGCUCUGCUCGUCGUGGCCGCAGACGCCGCGAUCGCCGGAAAGAAGGCAGUCGGCGUCAAGGGAACCCUCGUCUGCGGAGGAAAGCCUGCGGAGAACGUCCGUGUCCGUCUUUUCCGCGUCACUCCGCCAAAGAAAGAUGGUUGGUUUAGGGCUUUUCAUAACCGAAUUGAGAUUUGCAGAAGUAUCUCAAGUGGUGGACGAGAAGUACACUGGUCCGGGCGGCAUGUUCCACCUCGAAGGCAACACCAACGGCUUUCCUCUCAACGAGACCGACAUGGCACCAGUCGUUGCCGUCUUCCACCACUGCGACGAUGACCCGAAAAAGCUCGAGAAGGUGCGUCUGAAGAUGAAGUCUAGGCUCUGCUUCUUUCUUUCAGACUGGUUUCCGCCGCUUCCACUACAUCGUUCCUACCGAUUAUGUCAGUCAAGGCGCUAAGGCGAAGAAAACAUACGACAUUGGCAAGCUUAACAUUCAGGUGGGCUCCCUUGAUAGUUGUCGUAAUUUCAAGUGAGUCUCUCGUUUUGGAGCUACCGCACUAGAAGAGCUCAAAAGUCACGUAAUCAAUUUGAUUUACUCUUUUACUACAUCAAUUUAGAGUGCGAGAGCGAAACUUGAUUGCAAAACUACUGGCAUUGAAUAUUCAUAGCUAUCAGAACUUUUUUUGCCGCGUUCGAAGCCAUUUUUCAAACGGAGGAAACGCGUGAAUCGAGACCCGAGAGUUCACCGUAGUGCUGCCGAGUAUUCUGUGAUCUCUUCAUUCUGAUUUUCCGCGUUCCAUUUCUCAAUCAAACUUUGAACGCGGCAUUCAAAAACAGCAAUUAAUGUAUAGGCCACCAAAAUGCCCUACAAAUGAUUUCACAGGUUCCCAAACAAAAAAAUAAAAGACAUUUUCAGCUGGAAUUUCCCGGCGAAAAACGCGAAAAGAAGAUUGAGGAGAAACCAGCAGCAUGA